AUGGUUUUAUAUAAUGAUAAAAAAGUUCCGGAACUUCGUGAAUUGUGUAUUGCUCGCAGGCUUCUUUCGACUGGUAAUAAGCCAGCAUUAAUUGAUCGUUUAAUUAAAUCAGACCAAAGAGAUAGUCUUGUAAAGAUAGAAGAGAACGAAAUGCAACUAGACGUUGCCUCUGGACAUUCACAUGAAACUUUAAGUGAUAUAAAAUAUGAGUACGAACCUACACUUGACGCAAUGGCCACGGAAGAAAUUCCUGCCUCCGAAGAGUUAGCUUUACCUCAACAGAUUUUAGAACAACAGCGGGAUAUCCCUGCAAACGUUGAAAUGCCCAAUGAAUAUUCAGAAUCAAUAAAUCCUGCCAGGCAACAGCAACAGCAACAAAUCAGCCAUCCUCCCAUACCAUCUUCCACGACAUCGCCAACAUUAACUCACACUUAUGUUUCUUCUUCUUCUUCGAAUAAUAGUUCCUUGGAACAGAAUCUCAAUAAUCAAACCCAACCUUUUGAACAUUCAGCAGAAUUGUCUCCUACAUAUCCAAGGGAUGAACCUCAAUGUGAGAUAGAUCGUGAUCUCUUGGCUCGUCUUAUAUCAGAAAGAAAGUAUGGAACCCAAAAUUUAUAUUCCUUAUCAAGGGGAAUUAUGCUGACUCCAAGUCGACCAAAUGGGAUACCAUAUAGUUAUGAUUUACUGCUGGAGAUAGUACAAGGGUCAUUAACAUACAGAGAUGGGGAAAUACCUAUUUGGUUAAAAGAUUCUUAUGACACAACAUUUGGGACGACAUAUUUUGAACCAGAAUGUACUCGUGAUCCUGGCAUACCCGUGGAAGAUUUAUUUUUGAAUGGAUUUUGA